CCUGACCAAAGAAACUGGGUGCAAUGCCUUACCAUAGUUGACAUCAAAGGCAAAGAUUUUUUUCACUUUCGAGAAAAGGACAGAACCCACAUCAAUGGCAUAAUUGUCAAUUCCCCUUGAUUAUUAGUUGCAGUUCAGUUUGAAGACUAAACCACAUCUCUCCUCUCCAUGGUGAAAAGAUAAAUCAGAGGAAACGGAGACAGAGAGACCGAGAUAAGCUUUAGAUCUGCCUCUAAAAAACGAAGGAAAUUAGGGUUUAGAGGUGGGCAUGUCUGCUCCGUUUUAUUCUUCGAUUGAUAUUCAUCAACAACAGAUCGGUCAAACUCCUCCUGGGUUUGAUGCCGAACCAGUCCCAGUCAGUACCUACCAAGACACUGAACCUGUCCCACUCUCAACCUACCGAGAAGCCGAACCUGACCCAUUCCACGCCACUCAGCAAGAGAAGGACGACUUCUGGAACAACGGUUUCAACAGAGAAGAGCCAGAGUCCUUUCAGCGCAAGGAAAAUGGAAAGAGAAGCGUAGACCACAACAGCUCCUUCACUCAUGGGGAAACCGAUCUCAACCAACUUCCAGCUAUCCCGCAGUUUUCAACUGGUCAAGGUCUGCCUUACGCCCCUGUUGAUUGGCCAAGCUCUGGUGAUGUUUGGACUUGGAGAGUUGGGAGGAGAGUGACUGCUACUGGGUUUCAUCAAGACAGGUUCUUGAUUCUCCCUCAGAGGCUUCAACAGAAGAAUGUGCCAAAGUCUUUCGCAAGCAAACCCACUCUCGCUCGUUACAUCCAAACGAGUUUCCCUGGUAUGGAUGCUGAUGGGUUCUUUGCGUCGUUUAGCUGGAAGAUCCCUGCUCUCUUCCAGCCUGCCAACAAAGUUGACGCUGCAUCUCUUUUUGAAGAGACACCGAAGGAAGUACAGACUGAAGCUGCCCUUAAUGAUGAGAAUGCUAAAGAAGGAAACUCCAGGUACAGUCAGAGGAAGAGGAAUCCAAUGCCUACGUAUGACCCUGUGGAAGAACCUAAACCUAAACCAACUCCACGAGGUAGUGGCAACAAGAAGAAGAAAGGAGCCACAACUCCCGCCACUGGAACUCAAUCCUCCACCAAACCAAAACCAUCUCGUCAAUCCGGAAGACGCUCUGCAAACCACCAGAACGGUGGCGCUGUGGACUUAAACAACCUCAACGAGGAAGGUGAACCAAACACUAGUGGUGGUAGGAGAAAGAAACGCAGAGCUAACUUUGAGGAAGAAGAAGAUGUUUCUAUCCCUCACAUCUACGUCUCUCCUAUGAACGGUGUCCUCGCGGUCUCUCACGAGCCUAUCGAUGUUGACCCUGUAGAGUUCGACAGCUACCUAAACUCUCUUGAGAACCUUCUUCAUGAGAGUCAAGAAGAUGCUGCGAGAGAGUCUUCUUCCUCUGUUCUCGUCACUGCAAGCUCUCCAAUGAGAGAGUACGAAUGGGCUGAAGCUAGAAUGAAGAUCUCAUCUCUCCUUGAGAAAGACCUCCCCACUUUGUUUGGCUCCAAGGACGCUGCGGAGAUAGCAGCGUUAGCAACUAAGCUGAGGAAAGAUCCAAACCUCUCCGCUGAAGAGAUAGUGAGGUUGAAGCUUAUAGAAGAGAUUUCAAAGUUCAGUGAAGUCUUCCAGGAGAACAAGAGUGUGAUUGAAGAAGCAGACGUGUUCUUCUCUGCGCUUGAGCUCAACAAAGCUAAAGUAGCGUCGCUUAAAUACGAGUACAGCGAUCUGAGGCACAAACUAGGGAGUAUACAGAUGGAAGUAGAUGAAAACUCUGAGGCGAUUCGCCAGAUUGAUGACCAGAUCUCACAGCUUCAAGCUAGGAGGAAUGAGCUGAAGCGGUACACAGGGAGCAAGGAGAAAGAGAAGGUUGAUCUUAGCUAUGGGCAGAAGAUGGUGGCGAACUCGAUACCUAAAGUGGUGCAGGAAGUUCAGUCAGCUAACUCGAAGAAGCAUGAAUGGGAAUGUAAGAAGGAUAAUGCACUUAAGCGUGAAGAAGAGAUCCUCUCUAAGUUCACUCCUCUUAAAGGCUUCUUCCUCUGAUGAAAUCAAAUCUGGCCUCAAGUGUAACCCUUUCGACUAUCUUACCUUUAAGCCUGUCUUGUUGUAUUGUUAUGUAGCGGCUUUUUCUAAUUUAAUCCUGAACCUGUUUUAGGCUGGGAGUUUUAGUCUUAUGUAUGCUUAUGUUGAAUGUACUGUGGAAAGAGCGAUUUAGGCCGCUUAAGCGCCUGCCUGCCUGCCCUGUGUUA